AUCCAUCAGGGUGCAGUCCCCAUCUCAUACACGGUGACAACGGUGGCGCCACAUGGAAUUCCACUUCGUACAGCCCAGCAUAUACCACCCUGCAGCACACAACAGGUCCCAGGUUGUUCUGUGGUCUUCAGUGGACAGCACCUUCCUAUCUGUAGUGUGCCUCCUCCAAUGCUUCAGGCGUGCUCAGUCCAACAUCUACCAGUACCAUAUGCAGCAUUCCCACCUCUGAUUUCCAAUGACCCAUUCCUUUUGCAUCCUCCUCACCUCUCUCCACAGCAUCCUUCUCACCUGCCACCUCCAGGACAGUUUGUUCCUUUCCAAGCACAGCAGUCACAUUCACCACUUCAAAGGAUAGAGAAUGAAGUAGAACUGCUUGGAGAACAUCUUCCUAUAGGAAGCUUUACCUACUCUCCGUCAACUCAUCCACCAACAUUGACUUCCUCAGCUUCUAUCCAACUCUUAACCUAUGAUCCUUUAAAUCAAGAGGUUUCAUUUGGGAUACCUUAUCCACCUUUUAUGCCUCGAAGACUCACAGGGCACAGUAGAUACCUAUCACAGCAACCAAUACCACCACAUGCGUACCAUCCCAGCCUAAUACCAUAUGUGUUAUCAGUGCUUCCAGUGCCACCUGCAGUUGGACCAGCUUUCAGUUUUGAGUUGGACGUGGAAGAUGUAGAGGUAGAAAACUACGAGGCACUGUUGAAUUUGGCAGAACGUCUAGGAGAAGCCAAACCUCGAGGACUGACAAAGACAGACAUUGAACAACUUCCAUCUUACAGGUUCAGUCCAAGCAAUCAUCAAUCAGAGCAGACAUUGUGUGUAGUGUGUAUGUGUGACUUCGAAGCAAGGCAGCUACUUAGAGUCUUACCCUGUAACCACGAGUUUCAUGCCAAGUGUGUUGAUAAAUGGCUUAAGGCAAAUCGUACCUGCCCAAUUUGUAGAGCUGAUGCUUCAGAAGUGCAUCGUGAUUCCGAAUGA